AUGGAAUCUAGUUCUGCUAUUAACGUAGGGUCUAGCUCCUUCGAAAAUAACAAAGAAAAAGGGCAUAUCAUCACAGAUGUCGAACAAAAGGAUACAUAUUCAAUUGACAUUGAUACCAAUAUAGGUACGGAUUCUAUCUCACAGGGGAAACAAGAAAGUCGCGGUAGAUUUAGAGAUUUUAUGGAUUCCUUUAAGCCUAUGCCAGAAAUUGUUGUAGAUCCAAAUUGGACAGAUGAACAAAAGCUAGCUUAUAGAACUGCACACUCCCCGUUGAAACAAGAGCUGAAAGGUCGUCAUUUAACUUUCUUAGCUAUUGGGGGUGCUAUUGGUACUGGUCUAUUCAUUGGUAGUGGUACAGCUUUAAGAACUGGUGGUGCAGCUGGUUUGGUCAUCGGUUGGUGUAUUAUGGGUACUAUGAUUUACAGUAUGGUUAUGGCAUUAGGUGAAAUGGCAGUCGUGUUUCCAGUGGCUGGUAGUUUCAACACUUACGCAUCUAGAUUUAUCGAUGAAUCCUUUGGUUUUGCUACGAAUAUCAAUUACAUGUUACAAAAUUUAGUUGUGUUACCUUUAGAAAUUGUCGGUGCUUCUUUAACAGUAAAUUAUUGGGGUACUGCACAUAAAUAUAAUGAUGGGUUUGUUGCAUUAUUCUGGGUGGUUAUCGUUAUUAUAAAUUUCUUCGGUGUCAGAGGUUAUGCGGAAGCUGAAUUUGUUUUCUCAUUUAUUAAGAUUAUUACAGUUCUUGGGUUCAUUAUUCUAGGGAUUGUAUUAGUCUGUGGUGGUGGUCCAGUUGGUGGUUACAUUGGUGGUAAGUAUUGGCAUAAUCCUGGUGCCUUUGUUGGUGAAACAACAGGUCAACAAUUUAAAGGUGUUUGUUCUGUGUUUGUUACAGCCGCAUUUUCUUUUUCAGGUUCUGAAUUAAUUGGGUUAGCCUCUGCAGAAUCUGCAGAACCAAGAAAAUCUGUUCCAACUGCUGCAAAGCAAGUCUUUUGGAGAAUCACUUUAUUCUAUAUUAUUUCGUUAACAUUGAUCGGCUGUUUGAUUCCUCAUAAUGAUUCACGUUUAAUUGGUAGUAGUUCUGACGAUGCCACUGCAUCUCCUUUUGUUAUUGCUUUAGUCACACAUGGUAUUAAAGGUUUACCAAGUGUUGUCAAUGUCGUCAUUUUAAUUGCAGUUUUAUCUGUUGGUAAUUCUGCUAUUUAUAUGUGUUCUAGAACUCUUUCCUCUUUAUCGGAACAAGGUUCAUUACCAAAGAUCUUUGGUUAUAUUGAUCGUAACGGUAGACCAUUAUUCAGUAUUAUCUUUGUAUCUCUAUUUGGUUUAAUUGCCUUUGUUGCAGAUUCUGAUAAAGAAGGUGCUGUUUUCAAUUGGUUAAUGGCAUUAUCAGGUUUAUCCUCUUUAUUUACAUGGGGUGGUAUCUGUAUUUCUCAUAUUCAAUUCAGAAGAGCCUUAACUGCUCAAGGCAGAGGUACCGACGAGUUAGCCUUUGCUUCUCCAAUGGGUAUCGGGGGUUCCAUUUGGGGUUUAUCGAUCAUUAUCCUAGUGUUUAUUGCGCAAUUCUACGUUGCUGUAGCACCUAUUGGAGCUAAACCGAAUGCGUCAGAUUUCUUUCAAGCUUACUUAUCUUUCCCAAUUGUAUUAGUGUUCUAUAUUGGACAUAAGAUUUGGAAAAAAAAUUGGAAAUUAAUUAAAAAUCCAAAGAAUCUUGAUAUUGAUACCGGUAGAAGAGAUACUGAUUUGGAACUUUUGAAGCAAGAAAUUGCUGAAGAAAAGGCAAUCAUUGCUGGUAAGCCAUGGUUUAUGAGAGUAUAUCAUUUCUGGUGUUGA